AUGUGGCCGAGAAGUUCAGUUUUGUUUGUUAUUAACGCGUUGAUCGUUUUGGUACAUUCUUUGCCAUCAAAUAUUGAUUGGAAUACUUCGCGUAAUGAUUCAGAUUCAGUUGCUCAAAAUGAAAAGAUUUUGAAGCUUUUUUUACAAUUAGCAACGCACACAGCGAAUCGAUUAACGCAUUUGAGAAAGAAAAGUGAAAAAGGAUAUGAUUGUAACAGACGCAACGAUACUCCGCCAAUUUCAACAACCGAAGCUGUCGUAACGCAAUCGCCAUCUCAAACGAAUCUAGAAGGGCUUGAUAACAGCCAAAAAAUUCUGAAUCAUUCGUCUUCCGGUGAUUCUGAAAUAAAUUCAGAUAAAAAUCAAACAGUUUUCAACUCACAAUUACAAAAGUUAAGUGAUCUUCAAAAUAUCGACGAUAAUCAAGAUGUAGAACGCAAUCCAAAUUUAAACAUGAGCAAUUUAAUUCCGAAAUCUGUACAAGACGCUUAUGUCCGAGACGCUUCAUCCGAUGUUAUCGGACAUAAUCACGAAUUUAAUUCCAACACUUCACAAAAAUCAAUUCUCGAUUCAGAUACAUCAAGCAACUCGCUAAAUGCAAAUGAAUUUAGACCAGACUUUCCGAAAUCAGGGAGAAGAACUAAUCAAGCUUUAGUAAAGAAUAACACGGAUACAUCGAUUAUGAAUGAUUUAACUGAAACUGUGAAUAAAUUUUUUCCAAACUCACAAAAUUUGCAGGAACCGACGCUCGAAAUAAGUCAACGAUUAUUUGACACAGAUUUAGCACAAAUUAUUCCGAAGAUUAUUAGUAAUGUACACGAAAACGCGAAUCAGCAUAUUCCGUCACAAAAUACGCAAAAUAUACGAGCGUUAUUAGAUAAGAACAAUGACAUAAAGCGAAAACUUUUUGAUCCAGUUACAAAUAUUGGAAACAUAAAUACGCAAACUGAUAAACAGAAAGAUAAUUUACCUCUAGUGAAUGAGAUUCUAUCAAACACGAAAAAUAUUGUGGAGUCGAUGAUUAAAGUUUUACCUGAGACUGCAAAAGGCGCGAGUAACUUAUUGAGUCAAGCUAUUUCGCAAUCUCAAGAUAUCAACACGCCAUUAAAAAGUGCCGAGGAAAGUCAGAAUCAUCUCGCGCAAUUUGACUAUUCUCAACAGGAGCAAAGUGAAAACGCUAAACAAGUAGAAAAUCAAUUUGAUGCUGAAGUAUCUGGAAAAAAUAAUCAAGAAACAAGAGUUAACGAUUUAUCAACAAACGAGAAUAAUUCAAUAGUCGAUGAUAGUAAUAAACAAUCCACAUCAAAAGAUUCUUCUAUUCCGCUCCUUAGAUUUUUAUCAGAUUUUAAUGAACUGGAGAACAAUAAUAACAAGACUAAAAUCGAUUUUUCUUCUAUUCAGACAAAUGAAAGUGCUAAUAGUUUUAUCGGUGAAGAAUUAUCGAUAAAGGAAGAAAGUAAAUUGACAGAUAUUGCAGUUAUGACGUCAGUAUUACCCAAUCAAAUAGAAUCCAACACAUUAACUUCGAUUACGGAACAUCAAGCCAAAAGUUUGAACGGUGUACAAGAUUCUAAAAAUAUGAACGACGUUAUAAAAUCUGAUUUAGAAGAUGGGAAAAAUCUUCAAGAUAAUUCAUCUGUUAAUGACAGAAUAAAUCGAUUGUCUGAAAAUCAAAUUACUCAUAUCGACGAUAAUCUAUUAGAUUCAAAUAGUCGUUCUCUUAUCGAUAAUUUGAAAGAUGAAGAUUUGCAUGUGCAGCUGUCUGAAGCAAAAUUACAAGAAAUCAGCGAUCAAUUGAUUAACGCGCUUCGACCGAUUAUAGAGAAGAGAUUGGACAAUAAUCAAACUUACGUGACUGAUCACUAUAAUAAAUAA